AUGGGCACAGAAGAGUCGCUCUUCCGGCGUAUUCCAUGGUGCCUGAGUACGCUCUCGGACAGCGGCUUCGCGAUCGAGCCAACCCUAACACGCACGCUGGACCCGACAACGGGUGAGAACGCGCUCCUCGCGCGGACACUCAACAACCACGACACAAUCGAAGGCUGGUGCUCGCUGUACCGACGGCCAGCACUCUCGGCCCGCAACGCGAAAGACGAGUGUCGCACGCUGCUGGCGCUCCGGGCAGGGCUCGACGGGUAUCCCGGGGUGUGCCACGGAGGCAUCACGGCGACGGUGCUCGACGAGAUCAUGAGCAUCCUCGUCGCCGUUUGCCGCGAGUCGCAGGGGUUGGCGCCCGAUAACCUCACGGCGGACUUGAGGGUGAGGUACCUCAGGCCGGUGCCGACGCCGUUGGUGGUGUUGGUGACCGCGAAAAUCAGAGACAUUCAGAAGGACAAGAAGUACUUCGUCGAUGCCGAGUUAGUGGAUGAGAAUGGGGUUGUGCUGGCCAAGGGGGAGGGACUCUUUAUCCACAAGUCGGUUGAGCGUCUUUGA